AUGGCAGAUCUUCCAGCAUCUAGAGUAACACCUGCUAGCAGACCAUUCGUUUACUGCGGCAUAGAUUAUGCCGGGCCGUUUAAUAUCCGCGAGAGCAAAAGGAAAGGCAAUAUUCCCAUAACAAAAGCAUAUGUGGCGGUCUUCAUCUGCUUGAAAGUCAAAGCAGUACAUUUAGAACUCGUCAGUAAUCUGACGAUAGAAGCCUUUAUGGCAGCCUUUAGAAGAUUCUGCGCCAGACGAGGAUCAUCAAUGCAUGUAUAUUCAGACAAUGGCACUAAUCUAGUAGGAGCCGCUAACGAAUUGAAAGAAGUUUACGAGCUUCUUCAACAAAACGAACAAACUAUUGCACUAGAUUGUGCUACUCAAAACAUUCACUGGCAUUUUAUACCCCCACGUUCACCCCAUUUCGGCGGUCUAUGGGAAGCCGCUGUUAAGAGCGUAAAGAGGCAUUUGAAAAUUAUUAUGAAAAAUUUGCACUACACGUACGAAGAGUACUACACAACUAUAGUGGAAAUAGAAGGAAUAUUAAACAGCAGACCUUUAACGGCUUUAUCCGCCGAUCCUAAUGAUUUUGCACCACUCACGCCCGCUCAUUUUCUAAUAGGCGAAUCAUUAAAAAGGCCUGUUGAAGUUAACUAUCUAGAAAUAAAGGAUAAUCAUUUGUCACGCUGGCAACAUAUACAAAAGUUAAGACAAGAUUUUUGGCAGCGGUGGCAUAAAGAAUAUUUACAACAAUUGCAAACUAGAACCCGAUGGAAAAACGGAGAUUACACUGUACAAAAGGGAGAUCUAGUCCUUCUCAUUGAAGAUGCUCUUCCCCCUCUUCAGUGGAAGUUAGGACGAGUAGAAGACUUACAUCCAGGAGAUGAUGGGCUUGUAAGAGUUGUGACUAUACGUACAACCACUGGCAUAUACAAGCGAGCUGUAAAGAAAAUAUGUGCUCUUCCCUUUAAAGACUAG